CAGUCGCUCGUGCACUUCCUCGUAAAAUGGCGGAUAGCGCUUCGAAAAUGGUACCUCGAAGAACGUUUAAAUAUACUACGUUAUGGGACGAUCUGUUUAGUCUUCGUUCGUAACUGUCCCGUGUGCAAACGUGACGUCCUGUGUUCGUCUUGGUGUUGGUUACAGGAACUGUCGAUGCGCAUUUUUCUUUGAUACGUCGAACGUACAGUGCUGCUGCGAGAGAAUGCUGCUCCCAAUAUCGGUGGCCUUGCUCUCGGUCGAAAACUUUGCGAGAUUAUCUGAGGUUACAGUUUAUUUAGGGAUGCUACUGUUCAUAAUCUUCCUCAUAUGGAGGUGCUUUAAGAAACCUCCUGUCUAUGAGGUGCCAGCAUGGGACAUCACCAAGGGCCACCGUUGGUCUGUCACAGACAUCCUUAGUCGCACAGGUUAUUGCAGCGUCUGUGAGAACCUCAUCGUGGAUGGCCUCUUCUGUGACUGCUGUGGCAUAUGUGUGGAUCACGGCUGUUGUGGUGUAGCUGAUAAGAAUUUCGCAUGCAAGACUCUGUCCUCCAGCGGCGAUUCCAUCAAUCAUCACUGGGUAAAAGGUAAUACCUCUCCAAACAGCCGGUGUGCAGUGUGUGGCGAGCUGUGUGGGCUGGAGGCGGCAUUGUCCGACUUCCGGUGCUGCUGGUGUCAGCGGACGGUGCACACAGGCUGCACGGGCAAGCUUGCUGAGGUGUGCGACCUGGGGCGGCAUCGCGCAUGUGUGGUGCCACCGUAUUGCGUUCGACUGCGCAUGGUCGGCUGGAAAGGACGGCGCCACCUGGUUGUGCGCAGUGUCAACCCCCCAAGCUACAGCCCCUGGAGCCCACUCAUUGUAGUGGCCAAUCGACGCAGUGGCAAUAAUGAUGGCGAGCAUGUGCUCAGCGCCUUCCGUGGCAUCCUCAAUCCAGCACAGGUGGUGGACUUGAAUGACCUGCCACCAGAAUCUGCCCUCGAGUGGUGCCACCUGAUAAAAGGUCACACCUGUCGCAUCAUAGUAGCUGGGGGUGACGGCACGGUCAACUGGAUUUUCACUGUCAUAGACAGGCUGAAACUAGAGCCUCUGCCUCCUCUCUGUGUCCUGCCACUGGGCACUGGCAACGACUUUGCACGGGUUUUCGGCUGGGGCGAGGGCUACAGCUCGUCAGACAUCAAUGUCAUCGACGUCCUCGACAGCAUUAACCAAGCUAAAGUGGAGAACAUUGACCGGUGGAAGAUCCACAUAUCUCCUCACCGGCGCUUGGGCUUUACACCACCAUGUCAAGAAAUGUACAUGACCAACUAUUUCUCUGUGGGUGUGGACGCCCUGGUUACCCUCAACUUCCACAAGACACGACAGUCGUGGCUGUACUUUUGGAAACAUCGCCUUUUCAACAAGUUCCUGUACAUCACGUACGGUACUCGUGACUUGCUUGAGAAAAAGUGCCGGGACCUCCCGCAAAAGGUGCGCCUUUGGCUGGACGGGGAGCCCAAGGACCUGGAGCAUCUGGAGGCCAUCACUGUGCUCAACAUCCCUUGCUGGGGCGCAGGUGUACGACCAUGGCACAUGGGUGCCGGAGGUCAGCUAGCUCAGCCCCAGAGGUACAACGAUGGUCUUGUGGAAGUUAUCGGCCUGUACUCAUCCUUCCACGUGGCACAGCUUCAGGUUGGCAUAUCCGAGCCUGUACGGCUUGGACAAGCUAAGGAAGUCAAGUUGGAGUUGUUGGAACGUCUUCCAGUGCAAGUUGAUGGUGAGCCUUGGGAGCAGGCUCCUGCCACGCUGUGUAUCACAUUCCACUGCCAGGCAGCUGUGCUCGUGAACCAGGGUGAACAUUAGUCAUGAAUUUGCAACCUUGCGGAAGAAAGUGUCGUCGCCUAAUAGGAACACGGCAUUUCUUCUUGCUCGCCACAGAAUGCAGCGAACAUAUCGGGUUAGCUUCUGCAACUUACAUUACUUCAGUGCAAGACCUUGGAAGCCUAUGCUUCUAUUUGUGUAUAUGUACGUUACUGUAUUUAGACGUUUCUGUGUACUACAUGGCUACGUGAAAUUGUUCGUUUUCGGAUGUAACUGCCAACGGACACAAGUGACUAUAGUUGUGACUGACAUUCUGCUUCAUUACUUUUUCUGCGGAAGUGCAUCAUUCCAUAAUUCGCAUUGUUUUAUGCAAAUUUACUGUUGUGAUUUCGUGUUUUUCUUUAUCCCCCUGCAAUACUCAUUGCUGCGAAACGUAUAUCUUUUAUUGUGAUCUCGUUCUUACGGGAUUAUCACAGAACCAAAGUAGCUUUUGAAUCUGUUUUGUUUCCUGCGUAGCUUCAACGAAAGAAUUUUAAUUGAAAUUGUACACCAAGAUUAGCUAAAUUUUGCAUCUUUGUGUGUCAGAGCUUUGGGCUGUUUGAGGCUGGACAAACGGAGAAGAAUAUAAAGAGGGUGGGAUAAGCUGUUCACAAUAAAGUUUUUAGCAGCUAGUGCAUGGAGGCCAUGAUCACUGUAGUAUUAGCACUAUAAGCGCACACUCCUUCAUGCAUUUUAUUAUACUUCCAUGUGCCCCACAGGGCUUGUAAUGAGUACUUGUAAUGAGUACUUACACUUGCUUGUGAUAUAGCAUUUAUUAAGUCAUUACUGAAUGUUGUACACUAAAUACAUGUUUGGCAUAUAUGAAAUCCGUGCGGAUUCUCAUUGUUACCAGGCUGACAAAUUUUUCGCUGAGUCAGGCUGCUUUCUUGACUGGCAUCAACGGUGUACACAUGCAGCAAAUGCAGUUGCAGUGUAGAAAAGCCAACGAUAUUGUCAUUACACCUUGUUAUUGUAAAGAAUGACAAAGUUGUUGCUUAUAUGUAUUUUGUUGUGAAACUGUUCAUCGAUUUAGUUGAACAGGUAGAUGUGUGAAAUCAUGCCACAUGAUCUUUUUAUCUUGUUAGCAUUUGCACGCUAAGUUAUUUGUACAUGCUGUUCAUAAAGAUGGUAAUAUAAUUUGUAUCAUUUUAAUCAUCACAUUGUCGUGCAUUGAAUUUUUGUUAACAUGUUCUCUGAGAAUCUAUGCUCAAAUAGUUUUUUGGAAGCGUGAAAAUUGCAUCAGAACUUAGUGUUUGGGUGUAUUUCCACAGGGCAAGCCUUGACACAAUGCUGUAAAAUUGCCUUUCUUGAAGCCCUAUGAUAAGGCCAGUUAUAAUUCCUAUGGGGCAUCCUUGUGCUACAAAACAGGCUGCUGGGCUAGUUGGUGCUGCAUAUCGUGAGGUUCAGCACAAUGAACGGUGCAGGAUGACGGAAGACAUACAAUGAUGUGUACUGUUGACAGGUGUCUUAAAAUUGCAUUUGUAAUGCAAAGUAUGCGCACUUCGAAUGCAUGCCUACACAAGCUUAGUUUCAAAAAUUUGUGAGCAGGUGCUUAGGGUCAACUUUUUGCUGCUGUUUUGUGAAAGCACAUCUACUGUCCUCUUAGACGUCACAUUUUGCAUAUUUGUGUUUGUGAUGUGAGUACUACAGCAGAGUUUUUUUAAGAACUCUGCUGUACUAUUAAUAGCAAUAGUGUAUUCAACAGUUGGAUCUGUAUGCCAAGUCAUCCCGCUUAAUGUGUGUGCCGAAAAUCUUCACGUCUUGAAAACUGGCUAUUACCACAUCGCAGAAAUGGAUGACAUGCCAAUCACGUCUGUACUGCGUGCAAUAUUUGUAGUGCUUUGCCUCGCAUUGAGGUGCCUCUAUACAAUGAGCAGCCUAAGUAUGUUUAAACGGCUUUUUUUAUUUGAACAAGAGGAAAAUGAUGAGGGCAUUUAGUCCACCCCAGAGUGUAAAAGAAAUACUUGCAAAAUCUUUUUGAGCGUAACCAUCAAUAAAAAAAGUGGUAGACAUGAUCAAUAAGUGAGCUGUAAUGCAUUUUGUUUGGGAAACUUUAAGCGCCUGGAAUUAUACACAGGAGCUAGAUGCUGCCCGAACCAGAAUAACUGUGCAUUAUGUGAAAUGAUUAACAAAAUUGGGACCCAGGCAAAGUGGUUAGUAGGCCUAGUUAGUCUAGCAGCUUCCCAAUUCUAUAUGUCUGCUGCUUGUAAGAUUGUCACAAUAUGAUUCAGAUGUCAAAGUAGAGCAGCAGUAUUUUAAUAUGCCAUUUGGUCACAUUAAAAAUUAAGUGUCGUUUAUGUAUUUCUCGCAUCAUCAGUGCCCUUUAGAAGAAACAGCUUCACAACACAACUCUUUAUUAUUCAUUUGGUUUUAUUUUUGAGAAUAUAAAUGUGAGCUUAGAGGCAUCCUCAACCAUCUUUCCAAGUAAUCACUCUCACGCUUUAAGCGCUUUUUCUCGUCCAGAUGAGUGCACCGGAAGCUACACGGGAGAAUAACAAUUGGGAGAGAAGCUACGUCAGGCGCGCGUCAUGACCUUCAGUGCACAUCAUGAAACUCGAUCGCACUCUACUGGUGUGCACUAGUGUUGCUACUGUGUAAUUUUGGCACGUGGCUGGAAGUGCAUCUGAACCAAACGCCGCUCUUGGGUUAUGUCGGCUGUCAGUCAAUAACAGAAAUCUGCGGCACGACAAAAAAUCUAUAAGACGGCCUUAUGAAGAGAGAGCGUGGGCCUCUGUAUGAAUAUAAGGUGCUUGAGAAAGUGGCAACUUCAUGCUCCAUUCGUAAACUCUCCUUGCCGCGUAUAACUGCAAGAUUUGAGUGAGCUGUUCACAGCAGCGUCUACUUUCCGCUGUUCUUUUUUUUUUUUUUUUUCAGCAAGCAGGAGGCGUGUUUCAGGACCCUUAAUGUGUUAAUCUUUU